AUGGGAAGAAGUCCUUGUUGUUCUAAGAAGGGAUUGAACAAAGGAGCUUGGACUGUUCUUGAAGACCAAAUUCUCACUGAUUAUAUCAAAACUCAUGGUGAAGGAAAAUGGAGAAACCUUCCUAAACAAGCUGGUCUUCAAAGAUGUGGAAAAAGCUGUAGAUUGAGGUGGUUAAAUUAUCUUCGACCAGAUAUUAAAAGAGGAAAUAUUUCUGAGGAAGAAGAAGACUUAAUUAUUAGGCUUCAUAAGCUAUUGGGCAAUAGGUGGUCACUAAUAGCAGGAAGACUUCCAGGUCGAACAGACAAUGAAAUAAAAAAUUAUUGGAACACAACCCUAGCGAAGAAACUUGUUCAAAAACAACAACAGAUUGAAGAAAACGACACCAAACACAAUACUGCUACUUAUCAAGUGCCAAUUCGAACUAAGGCAACAAAAUUUACAAACAAGGGUUUAGUAUUUAAAAAUACUAAUUUUCAACCAAAUAAUAAUAAUAAUAUUGAUUUUGACUUUGACUUUGAAAAUUUUCUUCUUGAUCAAUCAGCUGUGGAUCUAUGGAAACUUCCAUGUAAUGAUAAUGAUGAUAAUUGUUAUAAUAAUUUUGAUAUUAAUGACGGCGGAGAUGAUGAUCAUCGUGAUCAGGGUCUUGAUCUUGAUGAUCGUGAAUGUGGUUAACCUAAUUUAUUAUUAUUAUUAUUAUUAUUAUUAUUAUUAUUAUUAUUAUGUACUAUGAUAUAUAGUUAAUUAGUAUUUAGUAUCGAGCUAGAUAGGUUAACCUAAUUUAGAAUAAAUGGCACAUGUACUAUAUUGUAGAAUUUAUAAUUACGUACUAAUUAUUAUAUAUCAAUUAUAUUUAGAUGAGAUUAUUAAAAGUCUUCUCUUAUGC